UCCCCACCCCUCCCACCACCACUAGGUCGAGUCGAGGAGGAGGAGGAGGAGGAAGAGGAGGAGGAGGAGGGAUGAGGCGCGCGGCGGAGGGGAAAUGGCUGCCGAAAACAAGCCGGAAGGACUGAAGAAGAUAAGAAAUCCAGAGCGAAUGGUCAGGAUUGCUGUUGGUUACACAGGACACACCCCUCCCAAGAGUGACGACACUGACGCCAACAAUGAGCCAGGCCAGUUGAAGAUCUACCUUCCUAAGAAGCUGCUGGAGUGUCUGCCCAAAUGUUCCUCUCUGCCCAAGGAGCGCCAUCGCUGGAACACCAAUGAGGAGAUUGCUGCAUAUCUCAUCACUUUUGAGAAACACGAUGAGUGGCUGACGACAUCGCCAAAAACCAGGCCUCAAAAUGGCUCUAUGAUCCUCUACAACCGCAAAAAGGUGAAGUACAGGAAAGAUGGCUACUGCUGGAAGAAAAGGAAAGACGGGAAGACCACCCGAGAGGAUCAUAUGAAGCUGAAAGUCCAGGGAGUAGAGUGUCUGUAUGGCUGCUACGUCCACUCCUCCAUCAUCCCCACCUUCCAUCGUAGAUGCUAUUGGCUGCUGCAGAACCCAGACAUUGUGCUGGUGCACUACCUGAAUGUACCGGCAGUGGACGAUAGCGGGAAGCCAUGUGGUCCUGUCCUCUGCUCCAUCAACACAGACAGGAAGGAGUGGGCCAAGUGGAGCAAGGAGGAGCUCAUUGGACAGCUCAAACCCAUGUGUGCUGGAAGCAGCUUGCAUCAGAAAUGUUCCAGCGUCAAGCAGCGCAUCAUCUCAUCCAAGCAGGAGUCUGGAGCAGCAGCAGGAGGGGGAGCGGCAGCAGGUACCGGCGUGGCAGCGGGACAGAGGGCCGAGGAGGCAGAUGGCACAGAGGUCCAGAACAGUGAUGUAUCAGAGGGCCAGACAGAGCCCAGUCCUGGAGGGGGCAGGAGCAGAGCAGGCGGAGGAGAGAGGAGGAAUGGCAGGAUCACCAAACCCUCCCUACUCCCACAGAGCAGCAUGGAGGUGUCUUCCUCUACAUCCACCAACCAGGUGGAGGUCCCUGACACCACCCAGAGCUCACCACUGUCAAUCACCAGCGACAUGGCCGACAGUCCUGCCCUCGCCAUUGGGGCUGGCUUAUCCCAGAGCACAGCUGUGUUCAUGUCUGAGGUCACAACACUGACUGGGGAUUCAGUUUACUCUGCUGGUCACACCCACCUGCUGGCAUCCACCCAUGAAAGUACCACUGCUGGCAUUCUAUUAGCUGUUGCCCCUGAAAAUCAGAGGUUUGCAUCGUUUCCUGGUGGGGUAGGCUUAGGGGAAGGAGGAGAGUUGGUUUUGUCCAGCUCCUUAGACACUGGAGGUGGAGUCAGCCUUCCUGAGACCACCAUGACUUUUGACCCUGAUUGCUUCCUCAACAAUCCCAAGCAGGGCCAGACGUAUGGCGGCGGUGGAGGGAAGACUGAGGGGUGUAACGGCGAUGAUGGAGGACUUCACUGCUCCUCUAACGGCUUUGUGUACAACCCAGCCCUCGUCAACAACAUCAAGACGGAGGCUACCCCUCUGGAGCAGCCGCUGGCCACUCAGAGCAGCUAUGUGGGAGAAGGAACCGGACUCAGCCCCAGCACCACCCUGGAGCAGAUGGACUUCAGCGCUGUAAUGUCAUCAGCUUGUGUCCCUAGUCUCACCCAGCCUGCACACCACCCUUCCCCCAGCCUCUUCCUCCAAGCCUCCCCCCAGACAAGCCAGCCCUCUCAGCUGCAGACCAAUGGUACUGAGGCAGCCCAGGAAUCCGGCGAUGCCCAGGCAUACAUCGGCCUGCCCACAGUGCCAACAGACUCUACGGUCACCAAUGGAGACCCACAUACACACCUCCACCAAACCACCACAGACCAGCAGGCCCUGUGUGCAAGGAACGGACAAGGAACGGCAGUGGGCUCUUUUCCCCUGACACCACAGGAUGCCACCAUUGACCAGUCAGGCAAUAGGGGACAUCAAGAGGUUGCAGGGUUAGAGAAGCCUCCUGAGAAUGGAGGAGAAUUACUGCUGAAGGCAGGGGAUCCUCAUGAGACCUAUACAAGUGUUGACACUGAACACUACCUCCAGCCAACGGAUGAAAAUGGAGGAGGAGAGGAAGGAGGAGGAGGUGGCGGGGGACGGGGAGGGGAAAACGAGAUUCUCUGCAAUGGUGUGAGCUUGUCAGGGGGCAGCAGUUCAGUGGGGGCCAGUCCUCAGUCAAUAGCUGCUGGUGCAAACAUUGAGGGGGCGCUCUACAGCUCUCAGCAAGGUGGGGUGACGGCUACAACAGCUGGGGCAGGAACAGCCAUCAGUCUGGAAGGCUUUGAGGCUUCAUUUGGAAGCCAGUUCUCUGAUCUCAUCAAUGAUUUCAUCUCGGUUGAGGGGUCUGGUGGUGGGGUGGGGGCAGCGGUCACUGGGGUUCUGAUGACCCAGGAGGGGGCAGCAGGAGAGGAGCAGGGCACAGGAACAGGCCACAUGCAGGGCUCUGAGGUGGAGCAGGGAGCUCUGGGACUCCUCCAGGAGACUGGGAGGCUGUUUGGUGUGACAGACUACUCCCCAGAGUGGUCUUAUCCAGAGGGUGGAGUGAAGGUGUUGAUCACAGGUCCGUGGUUGGAGUCAAGCAGUGAAUACAGCUGUCUCUUCGACCACAUCAGUGUCCCCGCUGCCCUCAUCCAGCCCGGGGUGCUGCGCUGCUACUGCCCAGCCCAUGACACAGGACUGGUGAUGCUGCAGGUGGCUAUGGGCGGUGAGGUCAUCUCUUCAUCGGUGGUGUUUGAAUACAAGGCACGAGACCUUCCUGCCCUGCCGUCUUCUCAGCACGACUGGCUGUCACUGGAUGAUACUCAAUUCAGGAUGUCAAUCUUGGAGCGUCUGGAGCAGAUGGAACAGAGGAUGGCUGAGAUAACCAAUCAGAACCCUCGGUCAGAAGCCAUGGCAACCAAGGGCGGAGGAGUGGAGGGAGGAGGAGGAGCUACUGAUCAGCAGUCUCAAAUCUCUACCGAUCAGGGUUCGUUCGAAGGUCGUGUGGUGGUGGUGUGUGAGAAGAUGAUGUCUCAGCCAUGCUGGGCUUCUUCUAAUCAGCUCGUCCACAGUAAGAAUUCCAGAGGAAUGACCUUACUGCAUCUGGCUGCAGCUCAGGGCUAUGCAGGGCUCAUUCAGACACUUAUUCGCUGGCGUACAAAGCAUGCUGACAGUAUUGACCUUGAACUGGAAGUGGAUCCUCUCAAUGUAGACCACUUCUCCUGCACUCCACUGAUGUGGGCAUGUGCUCUGGGCCAUACUGAUGCAGCAUUGGUGCUUUACCAGUGGGACCCGAGAGCCCUGGCUAUUCCUGAUUCACUGGGACGCUUGCCACUGAACAUAGCCCGAUCCCGAGGCCACACUCGAUUGGCUGAGCUCUUAGAGCAGCUGCAACAGAGUCCUCAAACUCAGGGCCAGCCUGUGGACGCUUGGAUGGACAGAUGGAGAGGAGAGUCACAGACCAGCGGAAUAAGCAACAACCCCACUCCUAACUCAAACUCAGAGCUGAGGAGACCCAGGGCAGAGAGCCAGCCAGAAAACCAGAACCAGAGCUGGAGCCAAACAGGACACAGAGCCCCACAGGGAACCCAGGGAGAUCAAGGAGGUCCACCCCCAGCCAAGAGACUGAAGCCCAGCCCCGACACCCAGCAACAGCUAGCUAACUCAAACCCUGGCACCAAUCCUCUCCACUCCUCUCCCAGUCCUAAUCCUCAGCGUUCUCUCCUCUCCAAGACCCUACAAACUCAACCCUCCAACCUCAGCUGUCAGAACGUACCUCUUGCCAGCUCCAGCCCCAGCCGGCCUCUACUCCCCAAUGCCCCAUUCUCCCACCUGCAGGCCAGGAUAGGGGAGUCUGGUGGGGGCACCAGGUGGAGUCUGAGACAGACUCUGGGGCAGCGUAGCUUAGCCAGGAGGAUUCUGGGAAAAGAACGACUGGCCAUCCACCUGCGCCAAAGGGUGCUGUCUGACAGGGGAGAAGAGACAGAGCUGCUGACCUACCAGGAUAACACAGAGGACCUGCAGAUGGACAUUACAAUGCUAGCUGAUCACAUCAUGGAGGCUUCAACCGGUAGGCUGAAGCAGGAAGCGAUGGAGACUGAAGUCGACUCUGGGAAGGUGGGAAUCAGCAGUGAUGUCAGGUUGCUCUCUAGUUACCUUGGUGAGGUAGAAAGGUUUCUAAAGUCAAAGCCUCCGACUCCUAGCCCCAAACCAAACUCUCUCUCAGGGCCGGAGGAUGAGCAGAGUCCUCAGGCUAAACAAGCUCUAUCCUCGCCCCUUGAGUGGAACUCCUUCCUCCGCGCAGCUAUGAAAGAGGAGAGGUUGAAAACGGACUCCUCCUCCUGUCUAGCCAUGACUGAGGCCGAGCAGGGAGAACUGUAUGAGACCAUCAGGCAUGCUCUGCACUCCCUCAGAAAACACAAGGGUGCCAUUCAGGAACAACGCAAAGAGAUUGCAGCAGUGAUUCAGCGCUGCUAUAAAAGAUACAAGCAGUAUGCACUUUAUAAGAGGAUGACCCUGGCAGCCAUCCUGAUCCAGAGUCGUUUCCGGAGUUUCCAUGAACAGAGGAAGUUCCAGCAGAGUCGUAGAGCAGCGGUCCUCAUCCAGCAAUACUACCGCUCCUACAGACACUCCCUCAGCAGCCUCCUAACUAAAAAACAGAACCAGGCUGCUCGCAAGAUCCUGAGGUUCCUGCUCCGAUGCCGCCACAGGGCCAGAGAGCAGAGAAAGGCCAGGGGUCCUGAGAGCCCACCACCAGGCCCCGCACACAGCCCCCUCAGCCUGUGAGCAAUCUAUACACCCUUCCCCCUCCAUCUUCUCCUUUUUCUUUCUCCUCUGUUCCAUCCCUCCCCUUCCUUUUCCAUUUCCCAACCCUUACCCUGCCAUCUUCUUUCCUCCUCCCCUCCUUUUCCCUUACCCUUUCUCCCCUCUUCCCUCAUAAGGGAAAAAAACUCCUUCCAGACAGACUGAGGACAGGAUAGGUGUCCAUCAUGGCAGCUCAGACAGACAGACUGCUGGGCAGAGCCCAGGGACCUGGCUCUGCCCACAGCACUGAUCCUCCUCCACAGUUUCACUGGGAGGCCAUCACAUUAACCUCAUGGCAUUCUUUGCACUCUUCAUGGGUAUGUUUCUUUGCAAGAACAAGUCGACGAGUCAAACAAGAAAGCGAGGAAGCGCCUGACGAUGACGUCCUACUAUUCAUGGCAGCAGCUGGAUGUGCUAAAAGGCUCCUGUGAUGAACAGCUGGCUCAAGAGAAAGGCUACUUUGACAUGCAGAAAAUACACGAAACCUGUUGUGUUUUGUAUCCAAACAGAGAUCCAUGAAAGAAUAAGAAAACAUAAACCAAAAAACUCACUUCUAUGUUGCAUUUGCAUGCAAGGUUUUUUCGCUUAUUCCUCCUCUCCAUCAUCCUGAAGAGCUACAGUGGCAAUUCAUUCUGCAGAUUCAGUAUAUCACAACAUCACCAACCACUCUGUCUCACAGGCUUAUAAACCUAAUAAUCAGUCACCCAAUCAAAAGGGGAGGAACUGCACUUGAAUGUAAGAGGGGCAUUGUUAGAUAAAGGGAUGGGGUCUGAAUAACGAUGUCUUAAUUUGUUACAUGGACUUUGUAUGGAGUCGUUCUCAGAGGCAGCACUUUGCUCGCCUGCCGUGGUGUGUCCGUGUUUGUUCAAUUCAAUGCAUGUGUUUGAGCUACGAGCUCCUGCAUGCUUGCCAAACUGCUUUAGUGUUGUUUCUUUUGUAUUUCUAUGUGUAAUUGUGUCUCACUUACGUCCUCAUCAACUUAUCCUUGCCCUGUGUAAUGUGAACUGUGUAAGGACAAAUGACUUAUUUUGGGUGCUUUUUUUACUUUAUUUAUUUAAGGGUCUGAUUAUUUAUUUAAUUGGCUCAAGAGUGGUUCAGCUUGAGACUGGUUUCCCCCCUCCCUCCCCCGUGUGAUAAAAUAUGACAUGUUCCAAUGGUUAAAUGUCUCUGUUAGUUUGUUCUUUGCGUGAACCUCUAAAUCCUAACUGUGGUUUUGAGGAGAGAGUCACAUACCAUUGCCUUGACUUCUUCUUGACUCUGAGAGGUCUCUAUGCUUGCUCUGUACAGGACAUGGGUCCUAUACCUGCCCCUAUACAGGGCAUUGGUCCCCAUAUUAGCCCGUACGGGCGAUCAAAUCCAUAUUUUGGACUAUUGCAUAUUCCUGUAUAUAAACUGACGAGGUAAGGGGAUACGAGGACCCUGAAACUUUUUCAUAAGAGGACUGUAUUUAAGAUUAUAAAUUAUUUUACUCCCAUAAUGAGAACUUAAGACAGAGACCUGGGUACACAGGAUGGCUGUAUUGCUUGUAAAUAAUGUAGAUAUUACAAACGGAGUAAUGUGCAUGAGAUUUAAGACAAAGAAACAGCAAAAAGAACAUGUUAGUGGCUAUGGACUGUGAGAGGAUUUUAACUGCUUCACUUUAAGAGUAUCCAGUAUAAGUGUUACUGAAAAGAACAUUUUGUUAAAGCAUGCAACUGAAAAAUCUAAUGUUAGAAUUAUAAGUGGGAAAACAAAGUUAGCUGAAACAAUGAUCUUUCAGACAAAACAUUUACACUUUGUGCUUUUGUUUCUUGGCUAGCAAAAAUUAAACCCUUUUUGCCAGUAGUGCCAAUUAUUAUGAAUGCUAUUUUGCCUAACAAUAUGUUACGUUGGGGAAAGCAACACCCAAAAGAUAUCAGUAAGAUCCACAGAGGCAACACACACAGACAAUAAACAGUAGAAGAGAUCUAGUACUAGUUCAGUCGUAGACCUACAAGUUCCGAUGUUUGUCUGAGGCAGAUAUAGAUGAUGAUGAUGAUGAUGAUGAUGAUGAUGGUGAUGGUGAUGAUGCAAGUAUGAAAAUGAUACUAAUGGUGAUGAUCACUAUGAUCAUUUAAAUGUGAAUGCAAUGACUGAUGAUCCAAAAAGGGAAGAGGGCGCUACAUUCUUUACAAUGUGGUUGUGCUUCAGCAACAUACUAGCUUUUAUUAAGACCAUUAUUCACACCUACAGCAGAUCCAGCCUGGCCUCCAGUCAAAGCUUUCCAUCUUCAAACAGAAUGUCUCCUUCCCACUUUUUACAUAUCAUUUGAUUGAUUUUUCUUUUCUCCUCAUUGUCACUGCCAUACUUAUACGACAUGUACUUUAGACUUCUGGAAAGCUCUGUUUAGAAAGUGCCUGCUCAAUAACAGAAAAGUGCAAACUAAUAUCAGGAAAUAUCUAUUGUAUGUCCUCCAAAAGGUUUCCAGUUACCUGUUUAUUUUCCUAAAUUGUGUGUUAAAAAUGAACUUGACAGUGUUAAACUUGAUCUGAGUCUAAGUUAGAAGCUCUAAUUUGUCAGUGGUAUGAAUGAAUGCUCAUGGCCAUGACUGAUGCUGUGUGUUGCUUUAUGAGACAAACCAGUAAUUACAGUAUCACUGUACGCCCCACUUUUGUGUGCAUUUCGCAGUAUUAGUGGAAGAAAACCAUUGAAUUCAGCUUCUGUGUAUGAAAGGCACUGUCACAAGUCUAUUCACCUCCCUGCUGUCGCUGUUGGGAGGAAGAUGUGUUUUCUUUCAUGCACUCUCUUUGUCUGUCUUUCCCUUAGGGAAAAAAAAAGUAUUUGCAGCAUUAAACAAAAGCAUAACUGGGCAGUUUUUUUAGAGGACAAAAAAAACCUUCAUGCACACUUCAUUUCUUCGUCUUUCUCUGUCACUCACUGUCUGACGCGGCUGUGCACGCACACACAUAAAUGCAUAAAUACACAAACACAAAUGUACAUAUUCAGACACACACAAAAGGCGGCCACACUCUUUCUCUCUGUGCUUAUGUCUUUGGGAACAAUGAAAUCUCUCCCUUAGAUUUUACUCAGGGUUGAAGAACAGGGAGAUUGUAUGUGAGGUGUAAUGACGGCUUGCACAGAGAUGUACUACUGGUGACUGUGUACAUUUGAGUAUGUGUAUUGUGUGUAUAUAUAUAUUUGUGUCUCUUAGGAAUACUCCAAUUGAUUAUGUACUACUCAGUAUUUUACACUGUUCUUGAUCUUUUUAAUAUUCCAGUCUUAUUUUGUAAAGCAGCAAAUGUGAUCUGUUUGCUUUAUCCAAACUGUAUCUUGCAUCAAUUUUUCUACCAGAAAAAACAUCUAAAGAUCCCUUAUUUUAUAUCUUGAGUAAAUAUAAAUGAAAUUCAAAAGCAGUAAUGAGAGAGAAAAUCUAUUUAUACCCUUGCUCUUGUCUUAAAUGCACAAGAAUCUUAAUAUGAGCAAUUCUUAGAUAAUGCAAAAAUAAGUAACAGCCCCAUAUCACCUAAAAAGAUUAAAAGAGAUGCCAGAUUUAAAAACUUAGAACUGAAACAAAUCUGAUGUGUGUGCCACUCUUUUUCUUAAUUUUCAUCAUACUGAGAGACAGCCACGGUUAUGACGGUGCUGUCAGGAGCAUUCAUGCUACAGUAUCACUUAAACCUCUUCUUAAACUGCCCCUCCUCUCGCAUCAGCACAAUUAAAGAACACUGCUUUGAACUCCUUUAUAUAUAUAUAUAUAUAUAUAUAUAUAUAUAUAUUGUGUACACACACACACACACACACACACACACAGAAAGGCACAUUGACACACAGCAACAUCCGAACGCUUGCGCUUGUCCACUCAGACAGGACCCACACGGAACCAAACACACAGACAGAAUGCAGAAAAUCCAUCGAUAUGUUCAUGUUUUUGGAGAGGAUGGUGACUGUAAAAAGAAUAUGUAGUGUAGAAAAAAGUAAAUAUAAAAUAAAGAAAUGUUGCCAUAGUAGACAGCUGGUAGACAUGCGCAGAGACGGCCUCUGUUCUCAUAAGUCCGCCUAGUAAUGAAUGGUAUAACCUUUCAGGCCUUGUUUUGAGAGGGCGUGGCCAAACACCACAUUGCAUGCUAGAAUGGUAGACCCUUAUAGAUACUCUAUGGCUAGACCUCUCCUUGCCUCUCCUCUCCUCUUCUUUCACCCUGUCUUCUCUCUCUCUCUCUCCCUCUCUCCCUCUCUCUCUCUCUCUCUCUCUCUCUCUCUCAUCUCCUGCUGUAUUCCCACCCUGCCUGCUGUUGUGUUCUCCAUGCCUAUCUCAGUCUCUCAUUCCUCUUUUUUUGUAGCCUAGUUUUUACUUUUUUGUUUUACAAACAUGCAUGCACAAGCAUCACUAAAUUGUUGAUGUUUUUAAAAAGAAUAUUUUGUUGCUGAGGCCAUGCAAAGUGUUUUGAAUAUUGCCCUUAUAUGUGGAAAAUGUCUUCUGAAUGCUUUACAUAAUUUCUGCUGUAAAAUGAAAUCAGAAUAAAAAGAAAAUUUGCACUUUAA